UUCCUCUUAUGUUUUUGCAGUUUCAUUUUUUUCAACCAAAAAACAAUGGAGCCUUUCAUUUUCACAAUUUCCGCCAUUUUCCUCUCACUUUUCAUCUUCAUAUUAACCGUAAAACCCAAAUCCAAAACCCUAAAUCUACCUCCCGGACCUCCAGGUUGGCCGGUCGUCGGAAACCUCUUUCAAGUCGCCGGCUCCGGUAAACAAUUUUUCGAAUACAUUAGAGAUCUCAAACCAAAAUACGAUUCAAUUUUCACAUUGAAAAUGGGUUCUCGAACUAUGAUUAUAGUUACCAGCGCCGAUUUAGCUCACGAAGCUUUAAUCGAAAAGGGGCAAAUCUUCGCUAGCCGCCCUAAAGAAAACCCGACCCGAACUAUCUUCAGCUGCAACAAAUUCACCGUCAAUGCGGCGGUUUACGGCGCGGUGUGGCGGUCAUUGAGAAGAAACAUGGUGCAGAAUAUGCUUAGUCCGAUUCGAUUGAAGGAAUUUCGUGAUUGUAGAGAGAUAGCAAUGGAGAAAUUGAUCGAGAGGAUUCGAGUAGAUGCAAAGGAGAAUAACGACGUCGUUUGGGUGUUGAAGAAUGCGCGAUUUGCGGUUUUUUAUAUUCUACUAGCAAUGUGUUUUGGUGUUGGGAUGAAUGAUGAAGAAAUGAUUGAAAGAGUUGAUCAAAUGAUGAAAGAUGUGUUGAUUGUGCUUGAUCCAAGGAUUGAUGAUUUUCUACCUAUUUUGAGAUUAUUUGUUGGUUAUAAGCAACGUAAAAGAGUUAACGAUGUUCGUAAAAGGCAAAUCGAGACCCUCGUUCCACUUAUCGAGAAACGUCGUAGGGUUUUACAAAAUCCUGGGUCCGACAAGACUGCAACCUCGUUUUCCUACCUAGACACCUUGUUCGACGUUAAAAUUGAAGGUAGAAAGUCAGGACCGACGAAUCCAGAGCUUGUGACGCUAUGCUCAGAAUUUUUGAACGGUGGGACCGACACGACAGCUACGGCAUUAGAGUGGGCCAUAGGGAGAUUGAUUGAGAAUCCAAGCAUACAAGAGAAAAUGCACAAAGAAAUUAAAACCGUAGUAGGUGAUAAAAAGGUUGAUGAGAAUGAUAUAGAGAGAAUGCCUUACUUAAACGCAGUUAUAAAAGAGCUUUUACGUAAACACCCUCCGACAUACUUCACAUUGACCCAUACAGUAACGGAGCCGGUUAAAUUGGGCGGGUAUGACAUACCCAUGGAUACUAAUGUGGAGUUUUUUGUGCACGGGAUCUCUCACGACUCGAACAUAUGGUCCGACCCGGAUAAAUUUGACCCGGAUAGGUUUUUAUCGGGUCGGGAGGACGCGGAUAUAACGGGGGUGAAGGCGGUGAAGAUGAUGCCGUUCGGAGUCGGACGGAGGAUUUGUCCAGGCUUAGGAAUGGCAACGGUACAUUUGAAUUUGAUGUUGGCGCGAAUGGUUCAAGAAUUUGAAUGGUUUGCUUACCCGGGAAAUAGUGAAGUGGAUUUUAGUGAAAACUUGGAAUUUACUGUGGUAAUGAAAAAUCCAUUAAGAGCUAAAGUUAAGCCAAGAAUAUAAUUAAGUAAUGCUCAUAAUUAAGAUUAUAAGUCAAAAAUUUGAUUUAUAAAACAAGGUUUGUAACAUUUUUCAAUAUUGUAAUUACAGUAUUCCACAUUUUCUUGUUUAUAACAUAAAUAAAAUCUUGUGAAGUUUAUUUUU